UAUGGUAUUGGGUGGUAACGAAAUAUUAUAUUGAUAUUACCACACUAUACCAUAUGGUAAUGUAUGGUAUUGUGUGGUAUUUAAAUAUAUAUUGAUAUUACCACACUAUACCAUAUGGUAUUGGGUGGUAACGAAAUAUAUAUUGAUGUGGCAAAUUUUUUCAUACCAUAUUGUGUGGUCUUAUUUAAUACCAGUCAAUACCAUAUGGUAUAGACUGGUAAUAACUGGAAAAAAAAUUUAUGUCCAAAAAAUAUCAAAGUGGAUAUCAUUUUGAAGAGCACAAUUAAUCUGAUCUAACUGUGAAAAAAUUAAAUUUCGACUUAAAACGAAUGAGAAAUCGUCGGUUAAAGAUUAAGAGAAGGAAAAUUAAAGGUUUUUCGAGGAGAGAGAAGGAGGCGCUGAUGUGGUCCGGUCAAAAGUCAGCGUUAACAAUAAAUAGGGGUAAGUGUAAUUUUACCUUACUGCUUUUUGCAUUUAGUUUAGAUAAAAAAAAAAGACUGGCAUGUGGGGAUAAUGGAAGGAAUUACUGGCCUAUCAGUUACUUACAUGAUCUAUUCUCACUAAAAUGACCUAUUUUAACAAUUUGAGUGACCAAAAUUAAUAUUAAUUUUUUUUAAUAAUUAAACAUAAUAAGAUUUAGUAACCACAGUGACUAAAUGUGACAUUUACCUCAGACGAAUGACAACCUUUCUUGCACUCUCUCCCUCUGCUCCGCCUCGACAUUCUUUCUCUUAUCUCAGAGCAGCCGCAAGCAAGAUCUCUUCUUCUUCUUCCUCUCCGAGCCAGAAACCAUCAUCCAUUCCCUCCCCUCAAGAGCCAACCCGUCUCGUCGCCGUCCAGCCAUUCCUUCUUUCUCCCCGAAAUCCAGAGACCCCAGCCCCCAAUUCCUUCUUCACCGCUCCAGAAGCGACCGCGUCCUUUUCCUUCUUCCUCGAUCUCCAAUACCCAGCGCCAGAAACCACCAUCCACUCCUUCGCCUCCCUAUAGAACCCCUAGCCGCCUUCCAUCCCUUCCUUCCUCGAGCUCCAGAACCACCGCCCCGCUUCCGACCAAAACCCAAGAAGUCCCCUGUCGACCGGCGCUCCUCCUGCCGACUGCGACUAGCGCAGCCGACCAGCUCUAGUCGAAUUCUCACCGGCGGUCCAGCUUCUCUUCUGCCAUCGCCUCCGGGUUUUGGUCAGUCCUUCGAUUCCUUUUAUUCUUUCUCCAUAAUCUGUCAUUGAACGCAACACUUUUCCUUCUUUCGUUGGCUUCCGGUUUCUUGGCCGUAUGUUAGUGAUUGUUUUAGUUGGAGUGGUGGGUUGUUGCUGUGUGAUGAUUGCCAGUUGAAUGUUUAUCUGCUAGAUGAACUGUACUUCCAGAGGAUAUGAUUCUAUGUAUCUAACUGCAGUUAAAUGCUCUGUGAGGUGCGAUUGAUUCGAAUUAGGGUUUUAAACCAAAUGUUUUGAUUGUAUGGCAAUUUUUGCUAAUAUGCAGGCUAUCUUAGUGGGCGGUUGGUGACCAGUUUUCCUCGCCGGAGAGUGUCACCCUCCUGGUUGAUUGUCUAGGAAGGACUUCUAGUAGGAGCUUGCUAUGGCAGCAGCUACCUAUCCGCCACCUCCGCCGUAUUACAGGCUGUACAAAGAUUACUUGCAGGAUCCUAAGUCCGCACCGGAGCCACCCCCUCCAGUUGAGGGGACAUAUUUAUGUUAUGGGGGCAAUUACACUACUGAUGAUGUGAUUCCAAGCUUGGAAGAUCAGGGGGUGCGGCAGCUGUAUCCUAAGGGACCUAAUGUUGAUUUCAAGAAGGAAUUGAGAUCACUAAAUAGAGAAUUGCAGCUGCACAUUUUAGAGCUUGCUGAUGUUCUUGUUGAGAGACCUUCACAGUAUGCAAGGAGAGUGGAAGACAUAUCCCUGAUAUUUAAGAAUUUGCAUCACCUUCUCAAUUCGUUGCGGCCUCAUCAGGCAAGAGCCACCUUAAUUCACAUUCUAGAGCUUCAGAUUCAACGGCGUAAGCAGGCAGUGGAGGAUAUUAAGAGGAGGAGAGAAGAGGCACAGAAACUUCUCAAGGAGGCGGUCGGAACAUUAGAGGGACAGUAGGCCCACAGAAGCCGACUUCUUGCCCUUCAAAGUGCUUCUGUGCGAGUUAACUGUUGUAUCAGCUGAGAAUUUCCUGCUACUGCAGUGAUUUUGAAGACUCCAUGCAAACAUACGGACAAUACGAGCAAAGGAAGAAGCCUUUUCAAGGACCAAGACCUGAAGUAGCAGCAGUAGCCAGCAAUGUCUGGUUAUUCUACUAGUAUCGUUGUAUUUUGUAGCGUUAAAAACUGAUACUGGUAGAUAGUAGGGGGAUUUUCUGUUAGGUUUUGUGAAUCAUCUUUUCAUGUUCGAGCGGUCAAUAGAAAGAUCAAAGAUGGGUCAGCUUCUUUUAUUUUUUUUUGAAGAUGUGUUCAUUAGGAUAAAACGACUGGGCUGAGCCCACAAAGGAAGUGUACAAGCAAACAAAAGCAGAAAGGAAAAGAAAAGCCCAAACAACAAGGCUCGAAGACAAACUCAUAAGCCCAAUAGGGUCCGAGCCCACAGCCAAAACAAGAAAGAGCCUUUCCCAAACCCUAGCCGCCAAAGUGCCCCCUCUGAACCUCCACCGCCGCGGCAAGCACCACCACCGCUCCCGACAAAUCGCCGCCACCCAUCCUUUGAGCGUCGCCGUAAGCCAAGCACUGGUUUGGGUACCCACCAGACCCAGAAGGCAAGAUGAGGAGGAAACAACCACCGAAACAUCUCGUCCCGAGCCGAUCACCAUGCACAUCUCGCCGAUAACCACGAGAACCGAGCAGAACAACCGGACGGCCGACGGAGGCAGCGAGUUAGAAUACACCAGUCUUCAAGCUCUCCUAUCCGGGUCCUCGCCAAGGGCUGCAUCUCCGGAUCGCCAAGAACUGCAAGGCAAAACAAGGAGGUAGACCAAAGAAGAGGAGAGGAGAAGACAAGUCGGAUCUGUCAGAUCCAACCUCUAUCGCAUCUUGAACGGGACAUGCAUCUCCAGAUCUGAAAACCAAAUCGGAGGACAACAAAAUCAACCCACAAAGAGGGGCAAAGGAAAACCACAAAGGGGAAGAGAGAGCCAAGACAUGGCCGGAAAAACAUACAGAGCGAAGAAGGAAACGGAGGUAAAAAGCAAAAAAAAAAAAAGAACCCAGGAAAGAAAGAUGGUCGAAGGAGAAGAAGGGUGGAGAUGGGAAGAAAGUCAAGGUGACUGGGGCAAAACUCAAUAUGGAUUCGGGUCGCUUUGGACCGUUUAGUACCGUUUCAUUCCUCUUGUGGUAGCAGUAUUGUUGUAACACUAGAUUUACAACCAUAGCACUGAUAAUCUUGAGAAGUCAUGGAAGUUAACCCUUUUCUGUGUUUAGUUAAUAUAUUAGGUUCUGUUUAGUAUAAUAUCAAUGUUAAGGUUUAGAUGAAAGUAGAAAAAUAAUGCUGAGACAUAAUGCUGAGACAUAAUGUGACAUGUCAGAGUUGUUAAUACAAGAUUUCGGGUAUGAGCUAUGGAAAAACGAAGGGAAAAACGAAGAGUGAGAAAUAUGUAUGAAGUAAGCCUGGUAAAAUUUGGUUAUAGACUCUUUAGAAUGCAAUUAUAAUAACAACUAAUAUGACCUCAAUAGAAACAACUUUUAGAUAUAACAAUAAAUUUAUUUACAGUUC